AUGGGCGAGGAAGGCCCUUGUCGGGGGCGCCUCUUCCGGCUGCUGAGGCUGGUCCGCGAGACGCAGUGCGAGCUGGAAGUGGUGAAGCCCGUGCUGGACGAGCUGGAGGUGUUGCGUCUGUGCUGCAGCUUCGGCAUGAUGCCGACCGUGAACCCCAUGGAGUUUGAUUUCGACGUGCUGCACGCCAGCGAGUUUGACAAAGAGUUUGCAGAUCUCUUGCGCUAUGAGCUGCUCGAGCGCACGUGCCUCGAUAAAGUGAGAGUCACGGCGCUGUUCGGCAAGCAGAAGGAUGUUUCGGCCGCUUUGGUCGACAUGCAGGCGUUGUGCUCAAAUGAGACAGCGGCGUGGCUCUCAGGUUCUGUGGAAGGGGUUUACUGUGUGAAGGUUGCAGCCGACGGAGAGAAGAACACCGAGAAGGACGACUCUGGUGCUGAUUUGGUUCUCUUCUCGUGGAUUCGCGACGAGUUGUUCAAGCCUCACAUGCUUCGAGACACACCCGCGUUUGUGUUGCGGUUUCUAACCGUUCUAAGUCCAGAGAUUGUUUGCUGCGUGUCCAAGGAGGAUUUAGAGCUGCUGAAAGCCGCAGUGGUUGAAUCCGAAGAGCAGCACGACGACAAGCUGUCACUGUAUUCGGUGUCUUUCACUAUCGAGAAGCAGGAGGAUGAACAUGACGGCACGGAGUGCGUGUCCCACACUUCUGCCGACUUGGAUGGUGCUAUGGGGAACUACGCUUAG